AUGGCGGCGAUGUCCGAUCUUACACAGGAUUUGGUAGAGGAUGUGAUCUUGAGAGUUCCGUUGACAUCUCGUAAGGCAGUGCAGUCUACUUGCAAAAACUGGAACACUUUAUCCAAACGAUUGAGCUUUAGAAAGAUACAUGAUGUCGUUAAAGCAAAGGCAGCAACAAAGCAUGAGUCUCUGGCGAUCAUAAUAAUGGAUUUUAAGGUUUAUCUAAUGAGCUUUGAUCUCCGUGGAAUUCACAAUGACGAAAAUGUUGACACAUCUAUAAAGCGAGAAGAAUGUAAUCCGAGGCUUGUGGUUUGGAACCCUUGUUGUGGACAAGCAAAGUGGAUUGAACCUAGAAACUCUGACGGCAGAAAGGACAACUAUGCUCUCGGAUACGAGAUUGUAAAGAGCAAAUCGCAUCGAAUUCACAAGAUUUUGAGGUAUUUGGAUGUUCACGACAUGAGUCAUGAAAGGAAUCUAUUUGGUCAGUUUCAAAUCUACAAUCUUGACUCUAACUCAUGGGAGGAUGUUCAGGACACACCUCGCUGGAAUCUACCUUUUCAUCAACGUGGCGUGUCUCUCAAGGGGAAUGCUUACUGGUUUGUUCAAAGUAAAAAUCUAGGAGGUUCUUGUUUUUUACUUUGUUUUGAUUUUACAACGGAGAGAUUUGGACCGCAUCUGGGUUUGCCUAUUCACCCUGUUGCUGAAGAUACCGUGAGUAUAUCUAGUGUCAGAGAUGAGCAACUUGCAGUGUUAUUUCAACGGCGUGGUUCAUUACAUAUGGAGAUAUGGAUUACGGACGAGAUUGACCCUGGCAAGGUGUGGUGGUGGAGCAACUUGUUCUUAACGGUGAAUAUUAAUCCACUUACUAGUUACCAAUACCCAUUUGAACAUGGAAGUUUCUUUGUUGACGAGGAGAAGAGAGUCGCGGUGGUUUUUGGUAGAGACAUGGAUGAACCUGAUCACGACCACUUCCGCUACGCAGCUUAUAUCACUGGAAAGGAUGGAUACUUGAAAAAAGUAGAUCUUGGAGAAUCUACAUUUAAAUCUGGUUCCCCAGUUAUGUGCUCUACUUAUGUUCCAAGCUCAGUCCAAAUCAACUAA